AUGGCCGAAGCUCUGAGCACGACGACGACGCCCCGAACCCCUAUGCCCACGACGCUCCUCGUGAUUGGCAUGGCUGGCAGCGGUAAGACGACGCUGAUGCACCGCCUGGCUGUACAUGCGGCCGAGCAGCAGCGCGAGCAUCGCCAGUACGUGGUCAACCUUGAUCCCGCCGUCAAGCAGGUCCCGUACGGUGCCCACAUCGAUAUCCGCGACACGGUCGACUACAAGCAGGUCAUGACCGAGUAUGGUCUUGGCCCGAACGGCGCCAUCAUGACGUCGCUCAACCUCUUUGCGACGCGUUUCGACCAAGUCGUCGAACUCAUCCAGAAGCGUGCGCCUGAUCUCGACUACGUGGUCGUCGACACGCCUGGUCAGAUUGAGGCCUUCACGUGGUCUGCGUCGGGCGCGAUCAUCACCGAGUCGCUGGCGACGUCCUUCCCGACUGUUGUCGUCUAUGUGCCCAACACGUUCAUGUCCAACAUGCUCUACGCGUGCAGCAUUCUGUACAAGGUCAAGCUGCCCUUCAUCGUGCUCUUCAACAAGACGGACGUCGUGACGCACGACUUUGCUGUCGACUGGAUGACGGAUUUUGAAGCCUUCCAGACCGCGCUCGACCAGACCAACGAAGAAAGCUACAUGAACACGCUCUCGCGCUCGCUCAGCUUGGUCCUUGAGGAGUUUUACUCCAACCUGCGCCAUUGCGGCGUCUCGGCAGCGACGGGCGCCGGCAUGGACGAGUUCUUCAAGGUUGUUGCCGAAGCCACGAACGAAUAUUACGAAGAGUACCUCCCCGACCUUAUGUACCGCAUCGAACAGCAAAAGAUCAAGGCUGACAAGAAGAAGGACGUCAACCUCGAGAAGGUCAUGAAGGACAUGACCGUCAAGGACGAGGACGAGGUGAAGAGUCCGCCUCCCGCGCCCACUGUCGCCGUGCCUCCGCAAGGCGAUCGCACGGAGCUCUAA